AUGGAUCCAACAUUAAACGAAACAUCGAACGGUGUUCGUAAUUCUUGGAAUAUUCUUCCAGCUAACAGAAUUGAUCAAUCUCGUUGUGUUAUUCCUGUUGGUUGUUUAUACACUCCUCUCAAGGAAAUCCCAGGACUUCUUACACUUCCAUACGAACCUGUUGUUUGUAAAACUUGUAGAGGUAUUCUCAACCCUUUUGCUAGAGUUGAUUAUAGAAUUAAACAAUGGAGUUGUCCAUUAUGUAUGGAUGUUAAUAUGUUCCCUCCUUCAUACUCUGGAAUUACUGAAGCUCAACAUCCUGCCGAACUUCACACUGGUUUCACUACUAUUGAAUACAAACUUAACAAGCCUAAUGCACCAGCACCAGUUUUCCUUCUCUUGGUUGAUACUUGUCUUCCAGAAGAUGAAAUGAGAUUCAUGAAGGAUUCUAUUUUGCAAAGUCUUAAUAUUAUUCCUGAAAAUUCUCUUGUUGGUUUGAUUACUUAUGGAGCAACAGUUCAAGUUUUUGAAUUAGGAUUCAAGGAAUGUAGUAAAGCUUAUGUUUUCAGAGGAGACAAGGAAACACCAGUGGAACAAGUUCAAGAACAAUUAGGUUUGAAAAUGCCAUCCCAACCACAACAAGGACAAUUUGGACGUUUACCAAAUCAACCAAUUAUUAACCCAGCCAUUUCUAAAUUCUUGUGUCCACUUGCUGAUUGUCCUCAAUUAAUGGAUAUUAUUGAAGAACUUCAAACUGAUCCAUGGCCUGUUAAGAGUGGUCGUCGUCCACGUCGUUGUACCGGUGUUGCUUUAUCUGUUGCUACUUCUCUUCUUGAAUCAACCUUUAAGGGAUACGGAUCUAGAAUUUUGAACUUUAUUGGUGGUCCAUGUACCUUUGGUGAUGGUGAAGUUGUUGGAUUGGAACUUAUUGAACAAAUUAGAUUGCACAAUGAAUUGAGAAGCGGAAAGGCUCCACACUUCAAGAAGGCUACCGAGUUUUAUAAGAAGAUUGCUCAAAGAUUAGUUCAAAAUGGACAUGUUUUGGAUAUUUUCGCUGCUAAUCUUGAUCAAAUUGGUGUUUUGGAAAUGAAAUCUUGUUGUGAAAAUACCGGAGGUACUAUGGUUUUGACUGACACUUUUGAUAAUCCAAUCUUUAAGGAAUCAUACAUGAGAUUCUUUGAAACAGGAUCUGAUGAACAACUUAAGAUGGGUUUGAACGGCUCAGUUGAAAUUCAAUGUUCAAACGAAAUUAAGGUUUGUGGUGUUCUUGGUCCAGUUACUUCCAUGAACAGAAAGGCCAAUAAUGUAUCUGAAAAUAUUAUCGGUGAAGGUAGUACAAAUGCCUGGAAGAUUAAUGCUAUCCAUCCAAGUACUACUCUUGCCUUCUACUUUGAUGUUGUUAAUCAACAAAAUCCAACCAACAUGAAUACUCCAGCUAUCAGAUGCUUCCAAUUUGUUACUGCUUAUCAACAUCCUUCAGGCGAAUAUAGAUUAAGAGUAACAACUCAAUCUCUUGGUUGUGCUCAACCAAAUAGAUUUGAUGAACUUGCCCAAGGUUUCGAUCAAGAAGCUGCCACAGCCCUUGUUGCCAGAUUAUCUGUAUUCAAGGCUGAAACUGAAUAUUUAUUCGAUGUUUUGAGAUGGUUGGACAAGUCAUUGAUCAAGUUGGUCUCCAAAUUCGGUACUUACACUCCUAAUAAUCCUGAUUCAUUGAUCCUUUCACCUCAAUUUUCAGUUUUCCCUCAAUUCCUUUACCACUUGAGAAGAAGUCAAUUCUUGAGAGUUUUCAACUCCAGUCCUGAUGAAACAGCUUGGUUUAGAUUACUUUUGAAUAGAGAAACAACCACCAAUUCUAUUACCAUGAUCCAACCAACCUUGUACUCUUACUCUUUCACUGAAUCCCCACACCCUGUUGAAUUGGACUCUAACUCUGUUAGACCUGAUGUCAUUCUCCUCUUGGAUACCUUCUUUACCGUUUUGAUUCACUAUGGUGAAACUGUUACUUCAUGGAGAGAAGCUGGUUAUCAUCACCAACCUCAAUACGAAAGCUUUGCUAAAUUGUUAGAAUUACCAAAGAACGAUGCCAAGCUUAUUAUUAAGGAUCGUUUCCCAUAUCCAAGAUAUAUCGAAUGUGAUCAAGGUUCAGGUCAAGCAAGAUUCUUGAUGGCCAAGAUUAACCCUUCAACCACUCACAAGGACCAAAUGUAUGGCCAAAAUAGUACAGUCGUUUUGACAGAUGAUGCUGCUAUGCAAGUAUUUUUGGAUGGUCUUAGAAAACUUGCUGUCCAAUCUCAAUAAAACUUGGCUGAAACUUUAUUGGAA